AUCGGCAUAGCCACUUGGCCAUUGCCCAAGCCAUCCCGUCACGAUGGGUACUGCAAAAUCCUCACUGUAGGAACAGAGCACGAAGAGAACAGCUGGAAGAUGAAGAUCUUCGGCCUCAGAUCACAACUCUACAUUCUCAGAACCUCCACUCCCUCUUCUUCUCCUUCAAAGCCUCCAUUUUUCCUCAAACCCAUCAAAAUAGCUUCACAUGGGGACUUUUCCCACCGCAAAUCGGCAUCAAAAGCUUCACUUACAGUCAAGAAGCAUUCAGCUCUGGAUCUUUCACCUAAAACCCUAAACUCAUCGAUGAAGCUUCAAGUUCCUGAAAACGGGUAUCCAGAUUCCAGAUUUCUCAUAACGGGGGCUGUUUCUCUGGGGAUUUUUCUGGCUCUGAUUGGAAUUGACGGCGAAAAGGCCUUGGCUUUGGGUCCUGAAGGUCCAUUAAUGGAGGAAUUCUGGGAAAACGUUAGGAGAUAUGCUAUCUACGCUCUUACGGUCAGUACAGGCGCUAUUUAUACCAUUUUCCAGCCAAUAGUGGAGUUGUUGAAGAACCCCAUUUCUGCAAUUCUCAUUCUUGCUAUUUUUGGGGGUAGCAUUUAUGUCGUUUCUCAAGUUCUUUCUGCCAUGGUUGGUGUCACUGACUUUAGCUACGACUAUGGAUAUUAAUUUGCUGCAACUCUUUUGUCAGUUGACUUUCUAGGUAUACAUGAACUGCUUAGCCAAUUUCAACGUGGUCUGUUGGAGUCAAAAUUAUGUAUGUUAGGCAUAUCCUCUGUUUACAAUGUGAGUGUAUGAUCGUUUUAUCCUCA